AUGAGCUCAUGGGUUUGUUCUUACGUGACCCGAAACGUCGUAAUCUCCGAUUAUCCACAUCAUUUCUCAAUAACUCAACAGUUUGGGUUUCCGGUGACGUUUCGGAGAAAAUUCGUUAGCUUUCCGAUCACAUAUCCGCCGAAAUUUCCGUUAUUGAAGCUCCAAAAGUGUCAAUCUUCUCCAAAAUCGCUGACCCAUGAAGGAGAAGAAGACUCAGAGUCAGUCGUACAAGCUCUCAAGAUUCCAGACGAGUGGUUGCUCCCUUCUAGGGCCAUUGAGGAAUCUGAAUGGUUGAGAGUAACUCUGCACAAAUGGUUAGAUGAUGAGUAUUGCCCUGAACCAACCAAUGUGGAGAUCAGUCAAGUAGCUGCAAAGUCUUACUACAAUUCACUGUUAGAGAAAGAAACUGACAUGGGAGAGAUUUUGUUGANGAUGGCUCANGACUUAACCUCAAUUUCAUACCAAGAAAGUUUCCAUGGAGCUUUUACAUCCGCAAAUGCAGCUAUUAAUUUGAUUGUUGACACUCACAACAUCUAUACAUUAGGUUAA